AUGGAUCAAACAACCCCCCGGCAAGAUUUCCACCACCCGUAUACGCCCUACGAUAUCCAGAAUGAGUUCAUGGGCGCCGUUUACAAAUGUUUGGAAGACGGCAAGGUCGGUAUCUUUGAGUCGCCAACCGGAACCGGCAAGUCUCUGAGCUUGAUUUGCGGCUCACUGACUUGGCUGCGGGACCACAAGAGACGGACGUUCGAGGAAGGGUUUCCCAUGGAUGCGAACAACAGCGGUGAGCCUUCGUGGAUAGUUGAGCACGCUCAGAAGCAGCGGAAACAGGAAGCGCUUCGACGUAAGCAAGACCUCAAUGAUCGCAUCGCCAAAGUUAAGGCGAAGGAAAAGCGCGCGAAAGAACGUUAUGAAAAUAGUGAGCCAAAGCACAAAAGGCAGAGGAUAGCAACUAGUGAGGCCAGCGAUGAUCAUGAAGCGCAAUAUGUGCUUGACGAUUAUGAAAGCGAUGAGGAUUCUCACAAGCGAGCAAAAGCUGGUACAUUCGAUGAAUCAGGACUAUCCGCAGAGACACAGGCGUUGAUGGCAUCGCUUGGCUAUUCUGUCGAUGUCCCGAAAGAGGAUGACGGCGAGACGCCUGACGAGACCAAGAUCUUUUUUUGCUCGCGAACACACUCUCAGCUGACGCAGUUCUCGAGUGAGUUGGGCCGGGUGAAGAUGCCACCCGCCAUUGCAUCGGAUGAUACAGAGAAUGGUGGCGGUAUCGAAUCUCUGGUGGAAGAUGUGAAGCACUUGACUCUUGGUUCGAGGAAAAACCUUUGCAUCAAUAGCCAAGUGAAUAGGCUCGAGAGUGCCACUGCGAUCAAUGAGCGAUGUCUUGAGCUUCAGCAAAGCUCCGUCGCAGAGACUCGAUGUCCCCAUAUGCCGACUAAAGAAAGUGAGCCUCUGAUCAAUGACUUCCGAGAUCACGCACUUGCAAAGAUCAGAGACAUUGAAGACUUGGGUUCGCUGGGUAAGAAGUUGGGUAUCGUGACGUUACCAUAUCCACUCCUGUUGCAGCGAAGUGCUCGCGAGGCACUCGGCAUCUCCCUUAGGGAUCACAUCGUCAUCAUUGACGAAGCGCACAACUUGAUGGAUGCAAUUGCGGGUAUCUAUUCAGUCUCGGUGACGCUUGAGCAGGUACAGCAGGCGCGGACGCAGCUCACAGUCUACCUGCAGAAGUUUCGCAAUAAGCUCAAGGGGAAGAACCGAGUUUACGUUGCCCAAACGGUCCGGAUUCUCGACUCGAUUGUUGCAUAUUUACAAAUCAUCCAUGCUAAGCCAGGCAUGUCCGAUGGCUUAGUGGAUAUGGUUUCCAUCAUGUCUGGCAAAGGCGUUGACCAGAUUAAUAUAUAUAAGCUCAAUACUUAUCUCCAGGAGAGCAGACUUGCUCGCAAGGUUGAUGGUUACACUGCCUACGCCGAGGAGACUAAAAAUAAAGACGUCAUGGUAUCGACAAAGCAGGUAGUCAAGAAAGGUCCACGCCACAACGUUCCGGUCUUGAUGCAUGUCCAAGCCUUCCUACUAUCCCUGAUGAAUCCAUCUACAGAAGGACGGUUCUUUUACUCAAGGGAAGAAGAUACAAGCACAACACUGCGCUACAUGCUUCUAGAUCCAACUUUUCACUUCAAAGAGAUUGUAGAAGAAGCAAGAGCUGUCGUUUUGGCCGGCGGUACAAUGUCACCAAUGAGCGACUAUGAACAGCAUCUACUAUCAUAUCUCGAACCCUCCAAGAUCAUGACACUGUCCUGCGGCCAUGUUAUUCCGCCCUCAAAUCUUUUGGCGGUUCCCGUUAUGCGUACAAGUGGCGGCGUCGAGUUUGACUUUACCUUUGAGAACCGCAACAAGGAAAUGACGAUGAUUGAUCUGGGGACUGCCAUCCUGAACUUUUCUCAGCAUAUACCGGAUGGGCUAGUUGUAUUCUUCCCCAGCUACGCUUAUUUAGACACUUGUAUUGCAGCAUGGAAGCGGAUCAAGCCGUCGGCCUCGAAAGCAACUUUCUGGGACGGCUUCACACAAUCGAAACCUGUCUUCCUGGAGCAGCGCAGCCAGCAGCAAGCUUCUGACCAAGUACCAGCGUCGAAAGAUGCAGCUGUGGCUUCUGUACUCUCUGCAUACAGCGCAGCAAUCGCCUCAGGAAACGGUCGCGGUGCACUACUAUUCGCCGUUAUUGGCGGCACACUAUCCGAAGGUAUCAACUUCAGCAACGCCCUCGGCCGCGGCGUCGUCGUCGUAGGCCUUCCCUUCCCCAAUGCACAAUCCGCAGAGUGGAAAGCAAAAAUGCAAUACAUCGCCACCAAAACAGCAAAGAAUGGCGGCGAUGGCAAGGCGGCUGCACGUGACUUUUACGAGAAUGCGUGCAUGCGAGCUGUGAAUCAGUGUGUGGGACGAGCAAUUAGGCACAAAGGCGAUUAUGCGGCGAUCCUGAUGCUGGACAGACGGUAUGGGAGUAGGCGGAUUCAGGAUAAACUGCCAAAGUGGAUUAGGGGGAGUUUAACGACGGGGUUGGGAGUGAGGGAUGUGGAGGGCAGGUUGGAUGAGUUUUUUGUGGAUAAAAAAUAA